GCCUCUCCUCUUCUCCUGUUACUCUCAGGGAGCUCUUCACCUGGCACGUUCCCCUGAGGCCUGAGAAACUCAGCCCAAGUCCCUCUUUUCUCACUAGGGGAGACGAAGUGGCUUGUCUGAGGGCAGCAGACCUUCCUGGUAGAUGGGGAACCAAAGCCCAGGACCCCACUCCCCCUCCCAACUGCCUUGGACCCUGGCCUCUCCCCCACUGACAGCACAAUCACCCCCUCCCCUUCCCCCGUGCCAUCCAGGGCUCCACCAGGGGAGCCCGAGAUCCCUCGGCCCUGGAGUGCCAGCGUGUCAAGGCCUAGAGAGCUGGCCCUGACCCUCCUCCUGCCCCACUUUGCUGCUCCAGCUGUGGUGCCUCCUAAACCAAGAUUGGCACUGGGAGCAUGGGCUGGUGUCUGCUGUGGAUGGGUCAGAGACCCCUAGGGCUGGGCCUCAGCAGGCCAGGGAUGCCCCAUCUCCAUCUCACAGAUUCCCAAAGUAGCUUUAAACAUAUGUGGGAUUUGACCAGGGCUUCUCAGAAUGACGUCUGUUCCAGUGGAGAAUUCAGCAACUUUCUCCUGGGAUGGGGGAGGAGAGGGCACCUAGCAAGGAGGGAGAUUUACAAGUCCCUCUUAACCUGGGGAAGGGGUAGAUGGUGGAAAAGUGUUUCUGCUGCCUGCUCUGGUCUUAGACAAGUCACUUGCCCUUUCUGGUCCUCAGUUUCCUCCUCUGCAAAGAGGGGAGAAAAAAUGUGACCUCAGUGCCCGUUGCUGAGGAGGUUAUUGAGAAUAAGUCUUCUCCUGGCACCUGACUGGUGAGUUCCUUCUCUCACACUCCCCGUCCUUCUGCCUGUUGUGCAGGCCUUUGGUGUGACUAUUACUGUAGUGGGACGAGUUUUGUGGGCUCAUCCUGUCUAUACCUGCAGAGGAGAGAAGAGCCCAUCACCCUCACAGAGUCCCCCACCCUAGGGCCCAGCUAGCUGCCCUGGGUCCUUCUGGACCCAGAAUACAUCCCCAUCUAGUUAUUAAGUCUCAGUUUCUUCAUCUGUAAGUUGUAAAUAACAAUAGUACCCAUCUGAGAUGUUGUUUGUGGGGGUGAAAUGGAAGUGUGUUUCGGGCAUAAAGAAUUCAAUAAAUGGUAACUCCUGCUUUUGUCACUUCCUGUGUCUUACACGGUGUUUUUGCUUUUUUUUUUUCCUCCAUUCCUGAGAGGUGACGGAGCAGGGAUUCUUAUCAUCAGAGGCAUUUGAGAGAUAAAGGAGGGAAGUGGAUUUACUAGCCCCAAGGCAGGUGUUCUGAGGCCGCUGUCCAAAUUCCCAGGCCAGGGUACCUCCUGGACUCUGGCCAUGGGAGGAGCUAGGGCCAGGACCCACCCCAGGUUGGCAGCCCCUGAAGACUGCAGUAGCCACAGAGGGAAGCCCUGUGGGGUGUGUCCAGGGCGGGGUAUUGGGACGGCCUGGCCUGGGCUGGUGUCCCUGCCCUAAAAGUCUAUGAUUGAGCUUUGGGGCCAAACUGAAGCCAGUGUAGUUAAGGUUGGACUUGAUACCUGCUGUUGGCUGUGACCUACUCUUCACCACCAACCCCUCGCCCCCCCACCCCAGUCUUUCUUUGUAAUUAGUAUGGCUGUUGUUUUAUUUGUGAGAAACUGAAGCCCAGAGAAUGGAGGCAGCUUGCCUGAGGACACACAGCAAAGCCAACACCCCAGGCAUCUUUGCACUGAAUCCCUUGUCUCCUGUCUCUCAGUAUGACUGCUCUCCCUCUCCCUCCCGGACACUUGACUUUCCCUCCAUCUCUUCCAGAACCAUGAAUAUUUCAUUUUAGUCCCUGGCCAGGAAUUUUCCUUUCUUCCAGCUUCCAGCUGCCUGGACAGGUGGCUCACCUGACCACUUAGUAUCUUUCUUUCUGAAGGUACUAGGGGCUGGUGGCGCAGGCGGUUGAGCGCCACGCUGUGAAGCUGUCUGCAGCCUCUGCAGCACUGGUUGGAUCCCGGGGUCCCACAUGGCGCGGCAGACCUCUCUUGUCUCACCUGCUGCUCCCCUAAGCAAUGUAUUAUGUCAGUCUGCCUGUUGUGUUCCCCGCUCUGUCUCUGGUGAAUCCCCUCACCCUCCCGUGCAUCUGGCCUGUACCCCGGUUCUUGUAUAAAUAAAUAAAUCUUAAAAAAAAAAUAAAGGUACUAGGGUCCCUGUGACCCUUGGGCUCUGUUGUGGAGUGUGCCAGGCUGCCAGAGAAUUCUUUGAGGAGAGAUAAAGAAGUAUUAGGGGCAGCUAGUUCUUGGGGGUCAGCAGGGACAGGAGCUAUUCACACUUAUUUUUAAUAUUUAUAAUAAAAGAUAUAUAGUCCAGGCAUGGAGACAUUGUGUUGGGGAGUCUGGUGAGCAAGUCAGUCUCUGUUCCUCUCGUGCUGGACCCUCUGGUGGGAAAGACAGACUGCAAGGCCAGGGGGCAGAUAAGCAGUAUGAUAGGAGUAGUGGUGCUACUGUGGAGAAAGAUAAAGCGGUGUGAAGAAAUGAUGGGGCCGCUUCCCUAGAUAAGGCGGUGUCUUCCUUUGGGUUCUUAAGUAGACAGUGAGACAAGGAUCUGAGUGCACGUCAUUCAUUUGGGAAGAGAUCCCAGGAAAUAUCACUAGAAGUGAGAAAAAAGAAGAGAGUCCCCAAAGUAGACAAAAUAAAGCAAAUUAUCACGUGAGAGACUGGGGUGCCAGCCCGUGGGAGACCCCAGGAGAAGCGUGCUACUCAGAGUUAUUCCCUCUGCCGGGCAGUGCGCGUUAGCAGCAGGUUCAUGGGAUGGGAGUUCGUGAAGCCUCCCUAGUCUGCAGGGGCAGGAAGCUGCGGUGAGGUGGUGUCUAGAAACGGUAGCCCGAGGGGAAAGGUGGGGCACAGGUAGUGUUCCCCCAGGGAGUCGGGGGAGCCUUUCAGAGGAGGUGAGAUAAACACUUGUGGAUCUGAGGAGGGGAAUGGGGAACAGUGUUCCAGCCCGAGGGGACAGCAAGGGCAGGGGACAUUUAACUGGAGGCUGGCCUGUGCUUCUCAUGGGUCUGGCCACCGAGGAAGGGGUGUGUGAGGAAGGCGUGUGUGGCUAGAAGGGGUGAGGUGAGCCAGACACUCCUUUCCGGCAGCCUGCAGGGCAGAAUGCUUGCCCCUUCUGGGGGAUCCUGAGCCUGGCCCCUGUGGGUUCAAGGGCAGCACUGUCAAGUGUGACCAGAAUCCUCUGCUUUAUCUCUGCAAUGGGAAUGUGGCUAUAUCCUUGACUUUUCUUAUUUUUAGUCUUUGAUUCUUAUAAAAAUACUGCAAAGGACUGUUGACACAUUCAGGUUUUUUGCCCUUGAUGUUUGGCAGUAUCUCACACUUCAGUGGCACUUGGUAUGUACCAGGCAUGGUUCUGGACCUCACCUCCCUCAUGUGGGAGCGCUUCAUUCUCACAACCACCCUGUGGGUGGCUGCAGCACCGAUGUUCCAAAUAGCACCCAGGCCAGGGCAGCAGAGAGGGCCUGGGGUGCCCUGUCCAGUUCUGACUCCUGGACAAGGGGCCUUAACGAGGAAAGCACAUGUUCAGAGCUGCAAGUUAGCUGAGCACAUGGUCUCUCCCCAGCUAACUCUGACAGUGGGUUGUCUGAAAAUUGCAAAGUUAAAAUAGCGCAGUCAUUAGCUACCAGGGGGCCAAAAAUAACCAAAAACAGAACUGGGCAGUGGACUCAGGCCUGUAUUUGCCUGGCGCCUCUGGGAGCUCCUCCUGGGAAGAGCUGUGAUCUCCAGCCUGUCUGAGGUGGCUGGGUGGUGAGCAGGGCAGGUGUGGGGUGAACCCUAGUGUCUGGCUUUACUGGGUGCUCCUAGGUGCUGCUCUCUGCAGGGAGGGCGAGGCAUGCCAGCCUCCUCACACCUCAGGGAGGACAUGAGUCAUGCUCAGAAGUACAGGCACCAAGGCAGGGUUCCCCAGAGAGGGAGGAGGAUCCUGGCUGGGCCUGGGAGGCCAGGGUGAUGGGGCUGGAGGGAGAAGAGAAAGUAGGGCGAGUCAGGACAGCAACAUUGGGCAAUUCCUGGGGGAGGCAGACACAAACGGAAGUCCUUCAAGGGGAAGACACAUGCUAGGCAGCUGCUUGGCUGUGGGUGAUGUGGCUGCCAGAGGAAGAGACUGCAAUCCUCACUCAGACACAAGCAACCCACUGACAGCAGAUGAGGCCCUGGAGUAACGUUUACUGAGCCCCUUCCAAGGGCAGGGCCCCCUGCUAAGCGUGUUCCAUAUUAUUACCUCAUCUCAUGUUAUUAUUUCAUCCAAAAUAGCCCUGUGAGCCAAGGAACGGUCGUUUCCCCCAUUUUAUAGAUGAGAAAACAGGCACAGGGAAGGUAAUUGUCCCGUUCAAGAGCAUUCAGUAUCAGAACUGCACUUCUAGAAUGAAGACCCUUGCUCUUAACCACUAGGCUUGCGCCUCCAAGAGGACUUCCUGGAGGAGGCCGGAGGGGAGUCACAAGAAGGGCAGGGUGUUUUGGGUGGAGGGAACUCCUUGAGCAAAGGCACAGCCCUGGAAAGUACAAAUCACAUCAUGAAGGAGCUCUGCAUGGCCGGAGCUGCUGUUGUGUGUGCGUGUGCACACGUGUGUGCAGGAAUGUUGUGUGGAGGAGAGUGGGGCACCUAGAAUUCCCCGGCAGUCAUUGUGGGAACUGUCUGUAGUGGAUUGGGCCAUGGGGUGGGUGAUCCUCGGAAUCGCUGUGACUCUUGCACGAGUCCUUGCCCUCUCUGGGCCGCGAUUUCGUCUGUCUUGUGAUGGGGUUUGGGCAGAGGGUCUCUGGGGCUAGCGGGUGACCAGUCGACCAGGGCUCUUUUCUGGGCGGCAUUAGAGGGAGGGUCAGGCCAGCAAGGAGGAAUGCAGAAAAAUGCUAAAUAUUUCAGAGGUCAAGGAGGACCGGGAAAUAUUUUGACAGCAAAGAGGUUGUCCGCGACCUUGGCAAGCUUUGGCCCUUUGGAAUGGAGGGAGCGGAAGUGACUUUGGACAGGAGCCAGGAAAGGGCCAAGUCAGAGGAAAUGGGAGAGUGGGGACAUGAAAAUGGGGGGGAGGAAGGAUGUUUGCUGUAGAGCCGGGACAGAUAAUGAGCUGAACUCAACUAUCCCUGAUCUAUUGGUAUUGCCUGCCUGGAGCCUUGUGUUGAGAAACAGUCCUGUGUAAAUCAGAGGGAAAUGGAGCUGCGCUUGAUUAGCAAUGUCUGCCAAGGACACAGUUGACAGACAUGGCAGCUUGCAGUUUGCCAUCUAUGCUGAGACGGAUCUUGGGUAGAAAAUGGUAGUCGGGGUGUGUUGACCUACAGAGGGACACCUCAGGAAUUAGGAAUUGUGGGGGGAAAUGCCUACGACUCCAGGAUCUUUUCUCUGACCUUUUGCUAAAAAUAAGGUAUUUGUUUAUAGGAAGGUAAUAUGGCCUAAUCAUCAGGAAUGUGGGCAUUUUUGAGUCAGAAUUACUUGUCCAUAGAGCCUCAGUUUCCUCAUCUGUGAAAUGGGGAAGAAAGAGUGCCUGCUUGCAAGGUAGCUGUGAGUGUUACAGGUAAAGGGAAGGCUGCUUUGUUGUUGUUGUUGUCUUCAUUACCCUAAUGACUUUGCUUUGCCUUGAUGAUUUUGAGUCUCUGCUUCUUUGAUGGCAAGGCCCAUGCCCCAUCACCCAGCCUAGGACUGGGACAUCUCAGGGACUUUCUUAUUCUCUUUGGAGGAGCAAAUAAAAUGGGUGAACUAAGAAGUGAGAAGGGAAGGGUGGUUGAUGGGUCAGACCCAUUUGGAGUCAUCACUGUAGGGCUGGGCCUUAUGUUGGGGUAGAGGUUCAAGAGCAAGGAUUGGAGCAGGCAGUGAGCCAGGUGACAGAGCCAAGGUUGGGGUUAGAGGCAUUUUAGGCCUGAAAGAAGCCUUGGGGUUAUCCAGGUCAUCCCUUGGCUCAGCACGUAUUAAGUGCCAGUGGCAAGCCAGGCCAUGAGUCCCUGCUCACCUGGAUUUCAGUUGACAGGGGAAGGCUGGGUACACCUGUAAUCUCUUGUGUGACCCAGCCCUCAAACACACAUGCAUUCUUUUUCACAUGAGGAAACAGCCUUAGAGAGGAACAAGUUGCUGCCGCAAGUCAAAUGCAGAGACAUGGAUAUACAAGGUUCCCCUGGCUAGUGGAGGAGAUAGAGCCACUGGAAGCCAAGAGUUGUAGGGCAGGAACUAGGCGGGGGUUGUGCAGGACCUACCCGGUAGAGGGCCUAGUGGUGCCACGUGGGCCCAGAUCUCAAGUCCUGACCAGCCAGGAGCUGGGCUCUGCCUUGCAGGGGGAACCCAUAGCUCUGGCACGGCAUCAGCUGCCCUCACAACAGCAGUGGACACUUGUAAGCUUUCUUCAUGUGGCUUUUCCGGUAGGGUUACUUAAUGAGGCCCCUGGAGGAGGCAGGAAAGGUGCUGGAUUUCUCCAGCUCCCCUCCAGAAACUCAUUGAGGGAAGCUGGCCCUUGCCACCUCUUUGGUGGCCCCUGGAGGUUGAUUCCUGCCUGGAUCCUGUCCUAUCCAAGAUUGUGUGUGACACUAAAGUGCAGUUCCUCAUCUGUGAAACGGGCACAUUUAUAAUCCCUCCUAUAAUUACAGCAUCUGCGAGAGAAUGAUAAGCCACAGGCCAAGGACUGUGGGUGUUCACUGGUCCUAGUGAUGGCACUUGGAGGGGUCCUAGAGGCCUUCCCGUUCUGACCUCCUUGCUUCCUAGCUGAGUGAGCCAAUGCCCUGGGCUUCAGCCCUUGGGGAGGAAGCCUGCUGCGGUUAAAACCCCUGAUGAUGACUACGCUUCCCUCCAGGCCCUCUGUCUGCUCAGAGCCUCUGCCCGUGGAUGGGGCCAGAGCUGCCUGAGAACUGGACAGACACGCGGGAAACGCUGCUCGAGGGGAUGCUCUUCAGCCUCAAGUACCUGGGCAUGACGCUGGUGGAGCAGCCCAAGGGCGAGGAGCUGUCGGCCGCAGCUGUCAAGAGGAUUGUGGCCACGGCCAAGGCCAGUGGGAAGAAGCUGCAGAAGGUGACUCUCAAGGUGUCGCCGCGGGGGAUUAUCCUGACCGACAGCAUCACCAACCAGCUCAUUGAGAACGUGUCCAUCUACAGGAUCUCCUACUGCACAGCGGACAAGAUGCAUGACAAAGUAUUCGCAUACAUCGCCCAGAGCCAGCACAAUGAGAAUCUCGAGUGCCACGCCUUCCUCUGCACCAAGCGGAAGAUGGCCCAGGCUGUCACCCUCACAGUGGCCCAGGCCUUCAAAGUUGCCUUUGAGUUUUGGCAGGCGUCUAAGGAAGAGAAGGAGAAGAGGGAGAAGGCCGGCCAAGAGGGAGGAGACGUCCUGGGCGGGGGCCGCUGUGACAGCACCCCUUCGCUGAAGAGCCUGGUUGCAACUGGGAACCUGCUGGACUUGGAAGAGACGGCCAAGGCCCCGCUGUCCACGGUCAGCGCUAACACUGCUAACAUGGACGAAGCACCACGGCCUCAAACCUUGAGCAACAGCAGUGUUGUCUGGGAGCUGGAUGACGGCCUGGACGAAGCGUUUUCCAGGCUUGCCCAGUCCCGGACGAACCCUCAGGUCCUGGACACUGGACUGACCGUGCAGGACAUCCACUACGCCCAGUGCCUCUCUCCCACUGACUGGGACAAGCCUGACAGUGGCAGCGCCGAGCAGGAUGACUUCUUCAGCUUCUGAGGACCUGGGGCUGGCAGGACCCGUGAAGGACCAAAGCACCUGGAGGGGGACCCACUCCAAGAUCCCCAGCCAGCCCCCUCAGUCAGCAGUACCGCCGCCUGCAGAGCAAAGCUGCAGUCAGUCAAGCAGGGUUUCCUGCUCUUUCUCUGAGAACUGAAAGAUGCCUUGAAUAUUUAUUUGACUCCUGGUUCAAUUCAGAAGCCAGUUCUGCAUCAGACAGGACUCCUGCAUGGCAGGCGCAGGUGGCAGCCGCUCUCGGCCUUCACUCCGUGCAGCCUCUGCUGUGGGUGUCAGGACGACGGCCAAAGCAUUUCUCGUCCCUUCUCUCCUGAGGACCCACACUUCCCUGGGAUGCUUCUUGCUGAAGAGGUUGAAUUACUCAUCUUUUAGGCACAGGAAGGGACCGUGUCCUCAGACCUGCCUUCCACAGGGGCCCCUGCAGCCUGGGCUUGAGCCCCAGCACCUGGUGCCCCUGGAGAUGAAGGGGCAACCCUGACCAAAGACAGCACGCAGUGGCACUUUAAAGCACACACAGCAGGUGUGGCCCCAGAGGGCUUUCGAUGGUGCUGCCUGGAGCUUUGCAUAUGCCUUUCUUUCUGCCCUUCUUCCCUGAGAAAGGACCCAAAGGCCCUGUGGUACCGGAAGUGCUUGCAACCAGUCUAAAGAACUGUGUGUGACUCCCAGGGUCUGACAGGGACGGUGGGUCUGGUCUGCGUGUGGCUGCCCUCGCCGGACCCCUUCUGCACCCCCCUCACACCAGCUGGCGGUGCCCCCUCUUCUGUCCAUCGCUUGUCUGUGUGGAUGCCUCUGAGUCCACCCCCUGCACUCGCUGGGAUAACGUGUGAACCCUAACACCAAGUUCCUUUGAGACUGUCGCUGCAGGAAAAGGGAGGCCACAGACGUGGGAGGGGUGAAGGCAAGAGUAGAACCCAGACCUGACGCCAAAGCUGCCUUCUCACCCGCACCUCUCACAGCUCACACCUCCCUUUUUUCUAGCUUUGUUGUCCUCCCAGGAACCAAAAAGCCCCAGCUAUUUUCUGACCAAAAUGUGUUUCAUAACAAACCAUCUGGUGCCUUUCCACACAGAACUGGCACGCGCCUCUGCGCCCUGCUAGCUGUCUCGCUGUUGAUUUCCAUGAAAAUGGAAGUGUUUGAAGUCUGCAAUUCUGAGGGCGAAACAAAACCAGACUCCACGCCCAGACUGUUCUUCCCUGCACGCCCACGUCAGGGCAGGUGUGCCCGGCGGUCUGGCCUCAGCACCUCCCUGUCCUCUCCUCCCUCCCCCAUGGCUGCGGCUUCUGGAAACCCAGCAAAACCGCCGACACCUUCUCCAUCCUCAGGUGCCUCCCAGGCCUGGCUGUGCUGGGUAAUCAUUCGAGGAGGUUUCACCAAAAAACACGCUGUUUCUUAAAAUCUACUUUCCCAAGCACUUGAACCAAAACACGUGAGAGAUGAACGCCUGGGUGAGGGGUGGGUUCAUGGGGUCGUCGUCGUCAGAGUGCGGGGAUUGCCCCCUUUCCCACCCUUGCUGCCACCCCAGACCCUCCUCUCCUCCCCUUUUUGUCAUGAGGCAGCAAGGGUGGGCCUGACACAGGCCGUCCGUGGUGCGAGGGCCCAGGAACCUUGAGAAGGGCUGGGCUCUGCUUGUGUGGCUCACACUGACCUUCGUCCUGUCUCUGGCCCAUGCCCAGCGUGCCCCUCGUGUGUGUGUAGGUGAGUCUGUGCUUUACUUUGUGUUACUGUAAAGGACUUUCUAAUGAGAAAAAUAUAAAUAAUAAACAUUCUCUUUUUGAAAAACAGCACCCUUGGAUGGAGAGGCCUGGUGUGGGAGUUGUGUCCAGCAACGCUUGCCCUUUGGCAGCUGGGCGUAGGCCCAGCAGUGGGGGAUAAUGGUGUGUGGUCUCCUGGUUGAAGCCCAAAGGGGCCUCCAUUCAGCCAGCAGGCGGGGGUGUGAUGAGGCUCACUGGGUGGCUACCAGCACUCCAAUGUGUCAGCUCUGAGGCGAGGGGAGAAGGAGGGCCCCACAAGUCUGGGCGGGGUCCCGAGCAGAUCUGCGAACGCUUGUGUGUGUGCGGCAGUGUGUGCCUGAGCAAGCUUGACUUUCUCAGGGAGGGUGUCCAUCACCCCAUCACAUUCUCAGCUGGGUCCACGAUAUUUAUUCAUGUGAUGAACUUUGUGCCAAACACAGUGCAGGCCUGGGGCUCAGCACUGGGGAGCACAGUGCAGGCAUUCAGGGCCUAAGUGCGCUCAGCAGUGGGGGCAGGUGGGAAGUGUGUCUAGUGAGGUGGGCCCAGGGUCUAGCUCCAACUCUCACUUGGGGGCUGUGACACUGGAUCAUCCCUUCUUUCCUUCAGCAUCAGUCUCCCCACCUGGGAAAGGGUCCCACACGCUCUGCGCCGUCCGCCUGCCUGGGUUUCUGAGGCUCAGAGGUGACCGUUACGUUGUUGGUGGCAGGUGGCUCAAAGCAUAUCUCAGAGCCAAAGACAAUUUGACCAAAUACAUCCAAGGAGAUCAAGGUAAAGUUGAUGACGAAGGCUUCGGGAACCUGAGCUGGCGCUGCCAGAGCCACACUAAGCUCUCCAGCUCUCCUGUGACUCCUGUUGAGCCCAGGUGCUCCGGGCUCCGGAAGGAAAGAGUGACCCUUGGCCCCACACAUCUCUGGUGGUGCUGCCUGAGGCCCGUCAAGCUGCAGUGACCACCCCAGAGAGGCUGCUCUCCAGGCUCCCAGGGGACUCCUCAGCCAUUUAUUUCUUUGUCCCUCUCAAACAGUGAUAUUUAAAAUAUCCGGAACCCAGAGGCAGAGCCCUCUGAUGUCAGCCGUGGGGCAGACUUGCUGUGAAUGCUGAGUGAAUCGUAGAUGACUAAGAAAUUCUCUCCUUUCUUCUUCUCCCGUAAUGUGAAAAGACACCCAACAAGUUCAUCUUUCGGUUUAAAUUUGGCCAAUGUCUUUAGUCUCCGGAUGUCUCAAAUUAUGAAUCCUGAGCACCCGCCGUCUGCCCUUUCAUGCAUAACGGAUGAAGCAGGAAAGAACAAAGUCGCCUUUCAGAUUUGAUGUGACCUUGGCUUUGCUGGUACAUGUUAGGGUCUUCUUUUCCAGGAGAAGAUACCAUCCCAAUUAAAUCUCCCCAAGGGCUUUUUGACCAGCCUGGCUAAGAAGUCUGGGCUUGGAGCUCUGCUGCCCUUCCUCCACGUACCGCCCCCCCCAGUUCCCCAUGGGGGAAAACUCAGGGCUAGCCACCCGCGCCUGCUCUUGUGCUGACAGCCCGGCAGUGGGCAGCCACUACGUGGGAGAGGAGCUGGGCCAGCGGGCGUCGCCACAGGCUGU